CGGAGACAAUCGGCAUUGAUCAAGCAGGCAUGUGACGCGUGUAAGCUCCGGAAAGUCAAAUGCAUCUACGACGACUCGAACCAACCUGCGGGAGCCACCCGACGACCUUGCCAGAGGUGUUCGCGUUUGACGUUUGAGUGCACCUUUGCUGUGCCCCAAAGAUGUCGCGGGCCUCGAAAGCGUGCGACCGGUAUCAGCAACAACGAAAUUGGCACGCCUGCCGCGGGACCGUCCUCGACAACAGAAGAUGACUCAGGUGUAUGGUCGAGUACAGCGACACAGCCCUUGUUGGUCGAUCUAUCGGACUCGCCACGCUUCGCUCGGCCACGAACAUCGACAUCGUCAAGUCAGCCUGCACAAUCUCGGAACCUCUCAUUCCUUCUAAACACUGAUGGUAUCUCUCCGACCACCCUAUUACUACCAACUAUACCCAUACCCCAUAGUCAAGAUGACGCGAAUAAUACAACAACUACGCCGCUUGGGCAACGCCUGUAUGAGACUGACAGUAUCUGCUCU